GACUUGACUAUCGCAAGAAGAACUGCUAUUUGUCCACCAUCAGCCAGCCAGCUUGCUACGAUGGCUUCUACAACAAAUGGAAAUACCCCAACACUACCGGAAGAGGUGAACAAGCCGCCUGAGGGCGUGGUUUUGCCCCCGAAGGAUAUUCGAGCUAUUGUGGAAAAGACUGCAGGAUACGUGGCUCGGAAUGGGCUUGUUUUCGAAGAUCGCGUCCGCGAAAAAGAACGAAAUAACCCCAAGUUCUCCUUCCUGACCCCGAGUGACGCAUAUGCAUCGUUCUACCAGUGGCGCCUUGUGGAGAUAAAGGAGGGCAGAGGGACAGCUGUCGCGGCAGGGCGACCAGGGGAGGCUGUGACGGCACCUGAACCGGAAGAGCCCAAGGGACCAGCAGAGCCCCCGGGCUUCCAUUUCUCUGCUCGGAUGCCUAUCAUCAACGCGCAAGAUUUAGAAGUCGUCAAACUUACUGCCCUUUACGUCGCCAAGAGAGGAAAGUCUUUUAUGACCGCGCUUUCGCAACGCGAAGCCAGAAAUUUUCAGUUUGAUUUCCUGCGGCCGCAACACAGUCUCUAUCAGUUCUUCACCCGAUUAGUCGACCAAUAUACGAUCCUAUUACGGCAAGAAGGAAUUUAUGAGGCCACAUCGGAACAGAGGAGACUAGCGGAACUGGAGUACAAUGUUAAGAACAAAUUUCAUAUCUUGGACCGAGCCAAGCAACGAGCGGAAUGGGUGAAAUACCAGGAGCAGCAGAAACAGAAGAGGGAAGAAGAGGAAGAACAAGAGCGCAUUACCUAUGCGCAAAUUGAUUGGCAUGACUUUGUGGUUGUAGAAACUGUGCUUUUCACUGAGGCCGAUGACCAGGCGGAACUCCCUCCACCAACAUCGCUGAACGACCUUCAAUCUGCCUCUCUGGAACAGAAGGCGAUGAUAUCUCUUAAUCCCAUGCGGAUCGAAGAGGCCAUGCCUACGGACCUAGAGGAACCGACAUACUACAACGCUUACCCAGUACAGCCCGAACCAGUGCCGGUCGUACAACCGGCCGGGCCAGUAUUCCCUCAACAGCCAGUUCAACCUAUGCCAGUGCCAGCUGCUGCUGCUGCUGCCGCCGCUCAGGAAGAGGAGCAAAGAGCUGCAUUUCAGGCGCAGCAGGCUGCCGCACCACCAACCGGUCCCAGGAACGCCCAGCAACCGAUGCGUAUCCGGUCGGACUACGUGCCCCGUGCCCAAGCCCGACGACUCAACAAUGCCGGCCCAACCGCACUGUGUCCCAACUGCCACCAGCAGAUUCCAGUGGCGGAGCUGGAUCAGCACAUGCGUAUCGAACUGCUCGACCCGCGUUGGAAAGAGCAGCGUGCCAAGGCCGAUUCCCGCAGUGCGACAACCAACCUGUCGACGACAGAUGUCUACAACAACCUCAAGCGUCUUGCAAGCCAGCGUGGCGACGUUUUCGACUCGUCCGUCCUCCCUGGAGCUACAGACCCUGAAGAAGAAGCCCGGAGAAAGCGCAUGGCCACCGGAGCGCCACCAGCGCCCAGUGCUGAAGGUUUCCCGGGAAUGGCACCCACGCAGCCGAUGGUUGGGCCAUCUGGAGCACCGCCGCAUCCACAGAAUAUGAACCUUGAGGAUCAGAUCAGACAUCUUCAUGAGCGAUACAGGCAAUGAUUUUGGGUCGGGGCGGAUCAUUUUUGCGGCGUUUAACUUGGGAGUUAGGGCUUAAUUCACUUCUUUUGGUUUAUUGUAUAGUACUUUAAAUCUUCAAUUGAAAGCGGGUGUGAAAGUGAUACCAAUUGACAUGCUUUAGUUCGCCAACUUUUGUAUAUCGAGGCUCUCGUAUUGCAGAUAGCAGCCUCAGCAUAGCGACCUCUAUUCCUACCACAGCAUACUCUCUAUUCCUCCUUGACAAACCGCAAAAUCUGGACUUUGAGGUACUGUACUUGCAUGGCUAUACCCGGCUAAUAUGGUAGAAAAUGGUGGAGCCACGGCUCGGGCCGAAAAUGGAUCCCAAUCAACUCGUUUAUUAACUGUUAAGU